CUUGCCUCAACAACUCUCACCUUCAGCAACUUCAAUCACAGAACCUCUCUUAAGAACUCUCACAGAGACUCAAACUCUCAUACAUAUUUAGCAGCAAAACAUUGCUCCUCUCACUCUCAUACAAUCUCAGCAGUACAUUUGCACAUCAUUAUGUCAAGUUCACAAUCUUUGAAGAAUAUUGACAUAAAUGUAUACUUCGGUGGACCCCUUUACAAUCCUGAAGGGAUUGACGGAUUCCCAUUUAGAGGGGAGGGUAUCGAAUGCUACUACAUGAUGUUACGUCGUAAGUUGAAGACGUUGACUGAUUUGAAGAGGAAAAUAAUGGACGAAUUGAAAUUGAACCCUGCUUGGUAUGACAUCAAGAUUAUUUAUCGUUGCCCACAAGAAGUUCUUCAUGAACGGAUAAAUUAUGGGUAUAUGGCGAUUAAAGAAGAUAAACAUGUAAAGAUGAUGUUUAAUAGGAUCCAGAAAAUGCCCCAAGUAAAUGCUGCUGAGUUGUAUGUAAGUUUGGAGGCGAGUGUAGACAACAGUACUGAGGUGGUGCAAGAAACAUCUACGGCUUUACAAUUUACAACCCUAGAUGAUGGAUGCACUACAAUGGGAGGGUAUGCAAUGGGAGGUUAUACGCUGUCAUCUCAAGAUUAUGUUGCGAAUACUGGUGGAACCCUCUACUCUCAAGAGACACAUUUAGAGGAGGAAGACGAAGACGAAGACGAAGAUCAUGCUGCGAAUGAUGGUGAAAAUAAUGAUGAUAUGGAUCAGUACGAAGAGAGGAUUGAGCGAGGUGACUUUGAGAACGAUGUGGAUGAGCAUGAAGUCGUUCCUAAUUUUGAAGAGGAAAAUAUGGAGUACCAUAAUGAAGGUGAUGCAGAUGAUGAUGAUAUUGGUGUCCAGCAUGAUACAGAUACGACCACUGGCUACAGACCUCCUGCGGACUCAUUCUACGCAAAUACUUGGGAAAAUAUGGUUGAUCCUUCACGUCUUCAGAUACCAUAUCUUUGUACUUGGCAAGAUGGGAUGCAUUUUUGUAAAGGGUUGACUUUUGCAAAUAAAGCUGCGGUGAAGCGUGCAUUGAUAAUAUAUGCAGCAAAGGAUAAUAGAAAUUUCUCCAUCCAAAGGUCGAGCACAACUGAAUUGUGCGCCGCAUGCAUUGACGACAAUUGCAAGUGGUACGUUGGGGCAUACAUGAAGCCUAAAUUCAAUGGUCUGUGGAUGGUCACGUCUUAUGUGGGUCCACACAGUUGUAUACCCUUUGGGCUGCGAAGAGAUGGUAGAAUGAUGGAUUCUAAUUUUGUUGCAUCAGAAAUUGUGGGAAGAUUGCGAAAAAAGCACACUGCUACUGUUGAUGAGCUUUGGGAGAUCAUCCGUACUAAGUAUGAUCAUGAGCUUUCUUACUAUAAAGUAUGGGACGCAAAACAAAAGGCAAUUGCUAAGAUUUUUGGGGAUUGGGAGGAGUCUUACCAAAGGUUGCGAAAGUUGUUGGCAUACUUGGAUCAGGAUUCGGGUACCCAGUAUAGCUAUCACACCAUACCUAAGCCAUUAGAAGGUACUACGUUACUGCGCUAUGUAUAUUGGGCAUUCGCUCCAUGCAUUGCUGCAUUCCAGUAUUGCAGGCCAGUGAUCAGUAUUGAUGGAACUCAUUUAUAUGGUAAAUACAAAGGGGUAUUGAUGAUUGCAAUGGCAACCGAUGCUAAUCAAAAGGUUUUGCCUAUCGCCUUUGCUGUUGUGGACAAGGAGUCAGGGGCUAGUUGGGGGUGGUUUUUAGAGUGUCUCAGGACUUCGAUAGAGCGUGUUAUUGAAAACAAGGACAUUUGCAUUAUUUCUGACCGACAUAAAGGUAUCAAAUGCGCCAUUCGAGAGUGGCCUAGAGGGCAAGACGAAAGAGAACGGGUAUAUCAUCGAUAUUACCUUCGACAUGUUGCUAGCAACUUCAACACACAUUUUAAUAACCCGACUCUAAAGGCAUUGGCCUUGAAAGCUGGAUAUGCGACUCAUGAUGCUAAAUUUGUGUCCAUAAUGCAAACCAUUAAGGAGGCAGAGAUUAAUUUACUGAGGGGUGUAGACUCUACUGAUCGCCGGAUUAUACGUUAUAUGCCAUACACAUAUCUAAUGAGUGAGGAUGUAGACAAAUGGACCCAGUCACAUGAUGGUGGAAGACGGUACGGGGCAAUGACAACCAAUAUCUCUGAGUGCUUUAAUGGGGUUCUUAAAGGUGCCCGCGGUUUGCCAAUUGCUGCAAUGGUUGAGUUCACUUAUUUUAAACUUGUUGCAUAUUUCCACGAUCGACAUAAACAAAUUACUUCUGAUCUCUCUCGAGGUAAGAUGUCUCUUAUUAACAAAAAGGCCACAAAGAAGCCUUCAAAGCGUCCUCGCACGUCCUUAGAGUCAUUUCGAAAUGAUGAUGCUAACAUGGCCUUUGUUGAUCAUUACAAAUGGGCCCCAAUCAUCCUAGAGAUGCUUGUGGACUUAGAUUCCCUAGAGGGCGCCUUCAUUCUGGAUGUGUUCAAAUAA